AUGAGGUCGGUGUGGGUCUUACUCUCCCAAGGCUGCUCGCUCCUUGUGCUGGUUCUGCCGGUGCUCGUUGUUGACUCUUUUGGCGAAGAUACAAUUUUUCACCCGGAAUGGGGGUUUGACUCCUAUGAAAUCACCAUCCCCAAGAAGCUCAGCUUCCGGAGAAGUAAGCAGGGUGUGGACAGUCCCGUGUCAUACCUCUUGGAGUUGGAAGGCAAGAAGCAUGUCCUCCGCUUGUGGCCCAAGAGGUUUCUGUUGCCCCGACAUCUGCGUGUUUUCUCCUUCACAGAACAGGGGGAACUGCUGGAGGAUCACCCUUAUAUACCCAAAGGCUGCAACUAUAUGGGCUCUGUGGAAGGGUCUGAGGACUCUGGAGUGACUAUAAGUACAUGCAUGGGGGGUCUCCGAGGUGUACUGAAUAUUGAUGCCAAACAUUACCAAAUCGAGCCCCUUAAGGCCUCUUCCAGUUUUGAGCAUGUGGUCUAUCUCCUGAAGAAAGAACAGCUUAGCAAUCACACCUGUGGCUUACGAAAUAGUGAAGUAGAAGGGCGAAUAAGGCAGGCUGAGUCCCUGACUAGUCUAAGGGACUAUCAUGGAUUCUAUACACACCCAAAGUAUUUGGAAUUGGUCCUGCUCUUUGAUCAAAAUAGAUACAGGUUUGUGAACAACAAUCUUUCUCAAGUCAUAAAUGAUGCCAUUCUUUUGACUGGAAUUAUGGACACUUACUUUCAAGAUGUCCAUAUGAGGAUACAUCUAAAAGCUCUCGAAGUAUGGACAGAUUAUAACAGAAUAUAUCUUGGAUAUUCCAACUUAUCUGAAGUUUUAGGCAGAUUUGUACUAUAUAAAAAUAGUGUACUAAAUAGCCGGCUUCCAUCAGAUUGGGCACAUUUAUAUGUUCAUAAAAAAUACACUGAUGCCCUUGCGUGGUCAUUUGGAAGAGUGUGUUCUCCACACCAUGCUGGAUCAGCAAGCUCUUUACUAGAUGCAAAUAUCCUUGGCCCUGCCACCUGGUCUACUCAUGAACUAGGCCAUGCUGUGGGAAUGCUGCAUGAUGAAGAGUACUGCCAAUGUAAGGGCAGGCUUAGUUGCAUCAUGGGCACAGGACGCACUGGGUUUAGUAAUUGUAGUUAUGUCUAUUUUUUUGCACACGUAUAUUCAGGAGCAAAAUGUCUAAAUAAUAUCCCAGGAAUGGGUUAUGUGCUUAAGAGAUGUGGAAACAAAAUUGUGGAAGAAGAUGAAGAAUGUGAUUGUGGUUCCACAGAAGACUGUGAACAAAACAAGUGUUGCCAAUCAAACUGUAAAUUGAGACAAGGUGCCAACUGCAGCAUUGGACUUUGCUGUCAUGAAUGUCACUUUCGUCCAUCUGGAUACAUAUGCAGGCACGAAAAAAAUGAAUGUGACCUUGCAGAGUACUGUGAUGGUAAUUCAAGUUUCUGCCCAAGUGACUUUUUUAAGCAAGAUGGAACCCCCUGCAAGUAUGAAGGCCGUUGUUUCAACAAGGGGUGCCGAUCCAGAUUUAUGCAGUGCCAAAGCAUUUUCGGACCUGACGCCAGGGAGGCUCCUCAUCAGUGCUACGACGCAGUUAAUUUAAUGGGCGAUCAAUACGGCAACUGUGAGAUCACAGGAGUUCGAAGCUAUAAAAAGUGUGACAAGCAAAAUUCAAUAUGUGGCAGACUACAGUGCAUAAAUGUCAAAACCAUUCCUGAUUUGCCGGAGCAUACGACUAUCAUUUCUUCUCACUUGCAGGCAGAAAAGCUCGUAUGCUGGGGCACAGGCUAUCAUCUAGCCAUGAGACCCCUGGGAAUACCUGACAUAGGUGUGAUAAAUGAUGGCACGUCCUGUGGUGACAACCGGAUAUGUUUUAACAAAAAUUGCAUCAAUAGCUCCGUCUUGAACUUCGACUGCUUGCCUGAGAAGUGCAAUGCCCGAGGUGUUUGCAAUAAUAGAAGAAACUGCCACUGCAUGUACGGCUGGGCCCCUCCAUUCUGUGAGGAGGAGGGCUACGGAGGAAGUAUCGACAGUGGGCCUCCUGGACCGCUAAAAACAGAGGUGUCCUCGUCAGUUCAGAUUGUGUCCAUCAUGAUAUUUCGCCUCAUUUUAUUAGUCAUCUCAGUGAUUUUUGUGUUUUUUCGGGAAGAGAUAGGAAACUAUUUCAAACCCAAACAGGAAGAGACAUCACCAGCUCAACCACCCGAAGAAAAAACUGAACAUAAAGAGCCUACAGAAAACACUGGAGUUGAAACACCCAAAGCAAAGGCUGUCAAGAAGCUGAAAAAGUAA